ACAUGAUAACAGAAAAGCCUUCCUCCGCUGCUCCGCGUUGUCGGUCUGUCCUCAGCCCCGAUCACUUGAAACUCAAAUAAGCAGGCGUAAAAGAGGAGAGAAAAGGGGGAUCGCACCGUCUCCUAUCAGCGGCUGCUCAGAGGGGAAUAACAAGAGACCUUUAUACCACACGCGCACCCUUGAAGCCUAUGUGCUCUCGCGCAUCGUAGAUCUUAGAAAGUGCUCGUGUUCAACUACAGUGAAAGUUAACAUGUAUAUGCACGCUUUGAUACGCGCGAGUCUGGGAUUUGUAGGUUUCUGCUUGGUCGCCUUUGUCCAACAGUCAGCUUCAGGAAGUAAAACCACUCAAGAUGUGGACGAGUGUGCAGAGGCGCUUGACAACUGCAGCAUCGAUGCCAUCUGCCAGAACACCCUGAAGUCAUACAAAUGUAUCUGCAAGUCGGGCUAUAAAGGGGACGGCAAACAUUGUGAAGAUGUCGACGAGUGUGCGACUGACUACAAUGGUGGUUGCGUCCACGAGUGCAUCAACAUCCCAGGAAAUUACAGGUGCACAUGCUAUGAUGGCUUCCGCUUGGCACAUGAUGGGCACAAUUGUCUAGAUGUGGAUGAGUGCUCAGAAGGCAACGGCGGAUGCCAACAGAUUUGUGUCAACAUGAUGGGCAGCUACGAGUGCCGGUGCAGAGAAGGCUUCCUCCUGAGUGACAACCAGCACACCUGUAUCCAACGUCCUAAAGUACAAUCAGAAGGUGCAAAAGAGGGACCCACCUGCAUGGACAAGAAUCACGGCUGUGCACACAUCUGCAGGGAAACACAGAAGGGUGGCAUCUCCUGCGAGUGUCGACCUGGAUUCCAGCUCACGCGUAACAUGAAGGACUGCAAAUUGACGUGCAACUAUGGUAACGGGGGUUGCCAGCACAUCUGCGAGGAGACGGACCACGGCCCUAAGUGUUCGUGCCACAUGAAGUUCGUCCUGCACAGCGAUGGAAAGACUUGUGUAGGGGAGAGGAGUGUCCAGUCCCAGGCAGCCCCACAGCUGUUCCCCAAUGAGACCUGCGCAGUGAACAAUGGCGGCUGUGAUAGCACAUGUCAUGAUUCAGUGACAGGAGUCCGCUGCAGCUGUCCUGUUGGCUUCACUCUGCAGCCGGACCGCAAGACCUGCAAAGACAUUGAUGAGUGCCGCCUGAACAAUGGGGGUUGUGAUCAUGUGUGUCGAAACACAGUGGGCAGCUUUGAGUGCAGCUGCAAGAAAGGCUACAAGCUGCUGACCAAUGAAAGAACGUGUCAAGACAUCGACGAGUGCUCUUUUGACCGUGCCUGUGACCACUUCUGUGUCAACUCUGCCGGCAGUUUCCAGUGCCUCUGUCACAAAGGCUACGUCCUCUACGGCCUGGCACACUGUGGAGAUAUUGAUGAAUGCAGUAUAAACCGGGGAGGUUGUAAAUACGGCUGCAUCAACACCCUGGGGAGCUACGAGUGUACCUGUCCACCAGGGUACAAGCUGCACUGGAACAGGAAGGACUGUGUUGAGCUGGUGAAAUGUCCGGCUGGACUGGUGGCACCAAAAGCCACUCUGACCUGCAGCAAGACAGGCAAGAAAGAGAGCUGCUCUCUUACCUGUGCAUCUAAGGCUCACUAUCUGGCAGAGUCUGACAACAGCUACUCAGUCAGCUGUGGUAUCCCCAUCCUCAGAGGGAAGUCUCCUGCCAGGCUCAACUCCAGCAGCAGUCAGAGCUGCAUAGAGACUCUGGCCCCUCCAGUGAAGCAGACGGCUUCUUUCAAGAUUAAAAAUGCCAAAUGUCAUCUACACCCGAAGCUGACCGGCAGGACCGAGGACAGAGGACGGACUCUAGGACCAGGAGGGGGGCAGCCCUGCAGCAACUGCCUGGUGACAUUUGUGAACCUCAAAUGUGACUCCUCUAAGAAAGCUAAAGGGCGGCGUGCUCGCAACCCCUCCAACAAAGAGGUAACACGUAUUACUUUGGAGCUGGAAGCUGAAGUCAAACCUGGAGACACCACAGGGAGUUGCAACCUCAGCUGCCUGAGACAGCGCAUGGAGAAGCAGGUUAAGACGUACAUCAAGGCUCUGAAGAAGUCCAUCAACCAGGAGCGCUUCCUGAUUCGUGUCGCUGGUUUGGAGUACGAGGUGGCUCAGAAACUUCCACAAGCUGCUCCCGUUCAGGAAAACUGUGGCCCGGGCUGGGAGAGGGAUGGAGGGCGAUGUGUCAGAUGCUCGUCGGGGUCUUAUUACCACGGUGAGCAGGAGCGCUGUGUCCAGUGUCCACCCGGCACUUUCCAGGAGAAGGAGGGGCAGCUGGCCUGUGACCUCUGCCCCGGCAGUGACGGCCACGGGCCUGUUGGGGCACGAAACAUCUCUUCCUGUGCAGGUCAGUGUCAUACGGGGUACUUCUCCAGCGAUGGGUUCAAACCCUGUCAGGCGUGCCCUCAGGGCACCUACCAACCAGAUUUGGGACGGACCCUUUGCUUCCCGUGCGGGGGAGGACUGAGCACCAAGCGGGAAGGUGCCAGCUCCUUCCACGAUUGUGAGGUCAAAGUUCAGUGUUCUCCAGGUCAUUACUACAACACCACGGUACACAGGUGUAUCCGCUGCCCGGUAGGGACGUACCAGACAGAGUUUAGACAGAACUAUUGUAUCUCCUGCCCUGGGAACACCACCACUGAUUUCGAUGGUGCCACAAGUGUCUCUCAGUGCAAGAACAGGCAAUGUGGUGGCGAGAUGGGCGAAUUCAUGGGUUACAUUGAGUCACCAAACUAUCCCGGUAAUUACCCUGCCAAUGUGGAGUGUAUCUGGAACAUCAACCCGCCCAGCAAGCGCAAGAUCCUAAUUGUGGUGCCGGAGAUCUUCCUGCCAUCGGAGGAUGAGUGCGGAGAUGUGCUGGUCAUGAGGAAGAACUGGUCAGCCACAUCCAUCACCACCUACGAGACGUGUCAGACGUACGAGCGGCCCAUCGCCUUCACCGCUCGCUCCAGACGUCUCUGGAUUAACUUUAAGUCCAAUGAGGCAAACAGCGCCAGAGGCUUUCAGAUCCCCUAUGUUACUUACGAUGAGGACUAUGAACAGCUCGUAGAGGACAUAGUGCGAGAUGGAAGACUCUAUGCAUCAGAAAACCAUCAAGAAAUCCUCAAGGAUAAAAAACUGAUUAAGACUCUUUUUGAUGUGCUGGCUCACCCAAACAACUACUUUAAGUACACCACUCGGGAGUCCAACGAGAUGCUUCCUCGCUCCUUCAUACGCCUCAUAAGCAGCAAAGUGUCCGCUUUUCUGCGACCAUACAAGUAAAGCUCACACAACUGCUGAAGCACCCCUGACAUCCCCCUCCACCUUACAGGCCACAUCCCACAACUCUCACAGGACUUAAAAACAUACUAGUAUGUUUAUUUUCCAUAGGCUUUGACAAUAACACUAUGCAGACCUGAGAAAUACUGAAAAUUUGUGUUUUAGGUUUUUAUUUUUGUCAGAUUCCCUUCAGCGCAGGUCUGCAGUCCCGAGCAUUUAGUGGGGAUGUAGAGUACGUGAGUGGGUUUGGUUUCUGUUGUGCAAUGCAACCACAAAAAAAAAAAAAAAGAAAAAACAAUAGAAACGCCUAUUUCAGACAGUAGGAGUAACGUUUUGUGUGCGCGGUUUGAGCUUGAUCGAGCUUGUUAUUGUAUUUGCUUAAAUGAGCGGUCUGAGCUCCAGCUCCUUCCAUUAAGUAUGACUGUAAGUGUUGUGUAAGUGUUGUUUAACCCUGGUUCCAUCGCCAGUGUCUGUGUCCUCGAGGAGGAGCGGUUGUUAAUUCACAUCACAGCUGUGUUCCAGGUCAUUCAAAGCCUUACUAUAUUUGAGCUCUUAGAGCAGUUUCCAAGGGUUUUACUGUUAAAACAGUUAAUCUAUGUUUUGUUCCGUCUGUCUAGACUGUGCCGACGUUUUCCAACCUUCAGAUAAUUUCUGUCGCUCUUUAUUUUUUCAACUUAAAGCAAAUACGAACAGGUGGUUUAUCAUUCCAGGAACAUAGUGGACAUUUGGGAGAUGAAUAACAAACUUGCGAGAGCCGCAGAAAUGAGAUAAUGUGAUGUCUAGUGGAACAUGUCUCUGAGAGAGAGAUAGAGAGAAAUGUCUUUGAGGGACAUUAUGUUUGCUGCUUCUUUUAAAAGGUCACUUUAAUUCUUCAAUCUCAUUUUGUCUUUCUGAUGUACUCGACACACUAAUAGUCUCUAGGUUUGAAACUAAAGGAAGCUCUACAUCUGAAAUACUUAAGUUCUUACACACAGUAAGUUGAUAAUCUCACAUUGCCUGUCUGUGGACUACCAGUUUUAUCGUGUUUUUAUUUCAAUCUUGUAAAUAAUGAAAAUAAAUUAGACGAGGGUUGAAUUCUUAAAUCCUAAAUUUCUUACGCAGGACCCCAAAAAUCACUUUCUGCCCCACAAGUCUCAAAUCCAAAGACACCCAGUGACCCCUCAAACACCCUACACACAUUUUGUUCUGUCCCAAUGAAGACAGCUCUUCCAAAGACCGCCCGAAAUGGGCGGGUCACUUUGUUUUGUGCACUAAAUUUAGAGCCCGUCAUCCUACCUUUUUUUAGUACAAAGUGCAAUGAAUGAAAAAAAUACACAUCUUAAAUUUGGUUAUACACCAUUGUGAUGCACAACAAAGCUUGUGAAAUGCACGUUUGGCUGCAUUCUUGUUGACUCAUUGUAUUAAAUAUUUAUCAGUCACAAUGGGCAGAAGAUGUUCAGGUUUCAACAUGUAACUGCUCGUAUUCAGAGAAACACUAAAAAAAUGUAUAGUCUGUCAAAAGAAAACAAAAAAACAUAAAAGUAUUUGGUGUGUAGAAAAUAUUCUUUGUGAUUUCAAAACAGUGACCAAAACAGGGUAAAAUUUAAGUUUUAAAAAUGUAACACUUUGCUUCAUACUAGGAUCUGCCAAGUAGUUAAAGGAAUUGUUUGAUUUUUGGGGAAAUUGCUUUCUUGCUGUGAAUCAGAUAAGACUCAUACCACUCUCAUCUGAACAGCAAGUAUAAAGCUAUAGCCAGGAGACAGCUAACCUAGCUCUGUCCAAAGGUAAAUCUACCUACCAGCUUCUCUAAAACUCACUAAUUCAGUGCCACUUCUGUUGCACCAUUACUUGGCGGUGACUUCCUGGAAUCAGUUUGCAUCAGCUAUGUGCAAGUUCAAACGUAUCCUAGUUUGAACGUUAUUUCUAACUUAGGUUGGAGUAUAUGUGCUACUAGCAUUUCAAGGAAAUAGUUCCAAUGUAGACAUAAGUUACAGCUCAAAUCUCACACCUAGCAUUUAGUAGUUGAGAAGUCCUUCGUUAAAUAGUGACUGUCAUGGCUCAACGUUUUUAAAGUUGGAGUGACAUGGAGGAAGGGCUGUUCUUUGCGUUGGCAAUGUGUUCUUAGAGAUAAAUUAUACCCAAAGGUGAUCUUGUGCCUCUAUACUCAAAAUAGAAAUGCUUAAAAUUGAACAACUUAGUGCAUUAUUACAUAUAAAUAUCACCAUGUGUCAAAUUGGCAAGCAAAUAUAUAAGGUUGUAAUUAACAACUUAUUUAUGACAUUCUGCCAAUGUAGGCUUUCACGUGUUUGUGAUAACGUCACAGUUUCAUCUGCCUAAAUUUAGUAUUUUUCAUUGAUUGGAUACAGAAAGUGAGAACAUCAUUUUCUGCGACAGUGUUUUGGUUCGUGAGGACUUUACGCCAGAGUAGCUAAGAGGAACUUUGCAUCUCCACAGUACAGCCAUAGAUUUGUAAUAAAUAGAUACUGCACCCCAAGAUAGUGCUUACUCAGUCAAAUGAAAUUGCUUGCCUGGCAAAUAUGCCAAAAUAAGCUUCUAGCUUCCAAGUUUACUUCCGUGGUAUGUAGCCCUGUGACUGUGCAGUCAUGUUUGUAUUAUUGGCUCCGCUUGUGAGUUCUUGCUCAACUUUACAUUGUGAUGACAUUACAGAUUAUUUUAAAUGGCUUUUGUCGGCUAGAGGAAAGUUUUACAAAAAUAAAGCCACAAUGGAUCAAAAGUGUGAGCGUCCUGUCAGCAGUUUUACAGAUAACUUUUACAGUGGUGGUCUAUGGGCAAAAUGUUUUUUUGGCCGAAGGGGAUUUUUUUCACUGAAAUACCGGGGCCACUCCGAACAAUUUAAAGCAAGGCUGAGCAGUGAUCCUAGGGUCAACCAAACACUGACACAGAUUUACAAUCAAACCAACAAGUUCCAACGCAUCAUUUAGUGUCUUCACACCCUAACUUUAGAGAGAACUUUCAUAUCGCUGAUGCAACGGGUUGUAGGAAGGACUCUCCAUAAAAAAGUAAAUAUUCAGUAAGUGUAGGUAAGUAAGUAAGUAUUUCCCAAGUUGGUGAAGAUUCUCAGUCAUCCAAGUCAUGGUAAUUCUUAAUGUUACAUUGUAGGCUAAUGAACUUUCUUGAGUUUCUUGAAACAUUUUCUACAAACUCAAGUCCAGUUGCCUACAGUAUAGUACUUACAAGUAUUCACCAAAAUUUAGGGACUGUUCCUUUAAAGUCAUUAGUACUACCACUGCAGUCAAUUUGGUAAAAACAAUUCCAACCCAAUUCCAAACUUGUAUAUUCAACCCUCUAAAGAAAUUAACUUGAGUCGACGCUUGCUCACUGAUUAACAGAUUUUUCGGGGAGUAUGUUUUAUCCCCACUCAUGUAAAUACAAAUAACUGAAAUGGUACACUUUAUAUUAUGUACCCAAAUUUUAGGAUGACACAAAGGGAUUUUGACCACAUGGUCAAACUUGUGGGUGAUGCUGGGCCAAGCCAUCUUUCAUAACUUUAAAAUUUUCAUAACUUUAAAAUUUUCAGAGUACAUAAAUCUGGUCUCCAGUAUCCCUGUGUACUACAGUAAAUGCCAGCAGGCAGCUUCCCAGUGCGCUCACUUGGCCCUCAUUCCCCAAAAUCCUCCUCCCACCAGAAUCAGCUUCUUUCCUGCAACCUGAUCUUUUUUUUUGUUUUGUUUUUUAUUGUUGCCUUUUAACGAGAGUUUGCUAUGAUGUAUCAUAGAGUCGAUAAUGAUAUUUGCACUUGAAUUGUUAUUGCUCAUGUAAAGAAAUGUCUGGAUUUUGUAUUGUCUUUUUAAAUGAAUGGAAUUGGUGUUCUUAUUUUCUUGUAGCUUGUUUGUUCAUGAAAUGCUCACUCACCGUUUAGUCUAUAGAGAUGAUACACAUAACAUUAUCAACUGUUUAAAAAAAGUAAACUAUGUACAGAGGUGAAUGAAACAGGUUUGUACUUGUUACUGCCCAAAACACUUAUCGAAAUAAACAUACUGUACUUCAGCUUCAU